AUGAACAAUUUAACAAAAAAACAUAAUGUGUUAAGAUCCGAUUGCAAGGAGUGGGGUGGUGAUGCAGGCAUUGUAGUGUUUAGAGCACAACAAGCCCAUGUGAGCCAUGGGGCUGCGGAGCGUGGUGGGGAUGUAGCAGAAUGUAGGGAAUAUAAUGGAUUGAGCAACGUUGAAUACCCUGCCAUAAAUUGCAGAAAACACAGUGCAGUUUUGACAGAAUUUGGUGGGGUUGGUGAUGGAAAAACAUCAAACACGAAGGUGUUUCGAUCUGCAAUAAGCAAACUAAGCCAAUAUGCUUCUGAUGGAGGUGCACAACUUAUUGUGCCACCUGGCAAAUGGCUAACGGGACCUUUCAAUCUUACAAGCCAUUUCACUCUCUUUCUCCAAAAGGGUGUUGUUCUUCUUGCUUCUCAGGAUGAAUCAGAAUGGCCCCAACUUCUUGUACUACCUUCUUAUGGAAGAGGAAGAGAUGCUCCUGGUGGAAGGUUUAGCAGUCUAAUUUUUGGGACUAACCUCGUUGAUGUUGUAAUAACUGGGCUUACCAUUCUUGCACCAGUGACCUCUCCCAACACAGAUGGAAUAGACCCAGAUUCAUGUACAAACACUAGGAUUGAAGACUGUUACAUUGUUUCUGGUGAUGAUUGCAUUGCAGUAAAAAGUGGGUGGGAUGAGUAUGGAAUUAGAUUUGGAAAGCCAACCCAACACUUAAUCAUUAGAAGGGUGACUUGUAUAUCCCCAGAUAGUGCCAUGGUUGCAUUAGGAAGUGAAAUGUCUGGUGGAAUUGAAUGA